GCCAGAUGCUUCUGAACCAGCUGAAAGAGAUCACAGGAAUUCAAGACGCAGCUUUCCUUCGCGCCGCUCUGAAGGCUGCUAAUGGAGACCUAAUAGAAGCAGUCACCUUCCUGACGGAGGAGCACGCUCAGGAGCCGGCUCAGGACGUGGCUGCUGCGGAGCCGUCCGCUUGGGAAGGCAGCGCCGUGGGCAAACAGCUCCCACAAAAUGCUGCCGCCGCCCUUACCCCGAACAACAAGGACGACGUCCACGCGGUCGAUGCCUUCAGACCGCUGGAAUCGCCAAAAGCUCAGGCUGCCGACAGAGAUGCUGCCGAAAGACCACAGGAGGCUCACACUGCUGAAAACAAAAAUCGCUCCAAAAGGAAACGCUGUGAAGUCUGGGGAGAGAACCUCAAGCAGAACGACUGGAGAAGAGUGGGCGACUGGCCCGUUGGGAUGAAAAAUAUUGGAAAUACGUGUUGGUUUAGCGCCGUCAUACAGUCGCUGUUUCAGUUGCCGGAAUUUCGGAGGCUGGUCCUUGGGUACUCCCUCCCGCAAAAUGUGCUUGAAAGUUGUCGUAGUCGCACUGGAAAAAGAAACAUUGCGUUCAUGCAAGAACUCCAGUGUCUGUUUGCGUUAAUGCUGGGGACACGUCGUAAGUUUGUAGACCCUUCUGCGGCGCUGGAACUCUUGAGGGAUGCAUUUAGAUCCGCUGAAGAACAGCAGCAAGAUGUGAGUGAAUUUACACACAAGCUACUGGACUGGCUGGAGGAUGCGUUCCAGCUCGCUGUGAAUGUCAAGAGUCCGGGGGACAAAACUGAAAACCCAAUGGUACAACUUUUCUACGGGACUUUCUUGACGGAGGGUGUCCAUGAGGGCAACACUUUUUCCAAGAUCGAAGCCUUUGGUCAGUAUCCCCUCCAGGUAAACGGUUAUCGAAACUUGAACGAGUGCUUGGAGGGAGCCAUGGUGGAGGGAGAGAUGGAUGAGGCGACGGCUUCUCGGUCAGUGACGUACGGACAGGAGCGCUGGUUUACCAAACUCCCACCGGUGCUGACCUUUGAACUCUCCCGAUUUGAGUUCAAUCAGUCGCUGGGACAGCCGGAGAAGAUUCACACCAAGCUAGAGUUCCCCCAGACUAUUUAUAUGGACAGGUACCUCUACUGCAGCAAAGAGCUUAUUCAGAUGAAGAGAGAAGAAAUGAAGAGAUUGAAGGAGCAAAUGGUGAUUCUGCAGCAGAAACUGGAAAGGUACAUGAAAUACGGCUCCGGCCCAGCCCGCUUUCCACUGCCCGACAUGCUCCAGUACGUUCUCGAAUUCAUCGCUACGAAGCCAGCUGCAGUUGUUGCUCCUGCUCAGGGCUCUCAGACAGCACUCCUGCAGCCCCAAGCCGAGCCUCGUGUUCUGGACGCACUGUCACAGCCGAAUGGCAUGCUAGAAGGGAAGGACGCUGGGGUGGAAGACGCAGCUUGCUUUCUGGCAAAUCCCUCACCGCAGCAAAAACGGAGAGCGCCGCUCCAGCCGUCCGGUUCGGCAGCCGAAACGUCGGAAUGUCCAGCUCCUCAUGUGGUUUCCGAGGAAGAGCUGCACCUUGUGCGGACGUGUCUGCAGCGAUGGAGAAACGAGAUUGAGCAAGACGUGCGAGAUCUGAAGGAGUCUAUUACCAGAAUCAACCUGUCCAUCGAGCAAAUCUACUGCGACCCUCUCCUCCAGCAGGUUCCCUAUCGUUUGCACGCAGUCUUGGUACACGAAGGGCAAGCAAACGCCGGUCACUACUGGGCCUACAUAUACGACCAGCCUCGAAAAAGCUGGCUGAAAUACAACGACAUCUCAGUGACAGAGUCGUCGUGGGAGGAACUGGAGAGAGAUUCUUUCGGAGGCUUGAAGAACGCCAGUGCCUACUGCCUGAUGUACAUAAGCGACAAGGUGUCCCGCUUCGUUGCAGACGAGGGUGAUGGCUCGGAGGCUGGGCAGUUUCAGAAGGAAGUUGAAGCCUUGCCCCCGGAGCUGAGGCACUACAUCCAGGAGGACAACUGGCGCCUCGAGCAGGAGGCAGAGGAGUGGGAGGAGGAGCAGUCUUGCAAGAUUCCUCAGAUGGAGCCUUCGCCUGCUUCUGAAUCGCAGGACCUCUCUUCUGAGUCGGGACCAGAUCGGUCCUCGGUCUGCGAGCAGAGCGUGCGCUCUCUGUCCUCUGAACACGCCAUGAUUGCCAAGGAGCAGACGGCCAAGGCCAUCGCAAACACCGCCGACGCCUACGAAAAGAACGGCGUCGAGGCAGCUCUCUGCGAGGCCUUCCACGAGGAGUACUCCCGGCUCUACCUGCUUGCCAAAGAGACCCCGACCCCUCAGAACGACGCCCGCUUGCAGCACGUGCUCAUUUACUUCCUGCAAAACAACGCUCCCCAGCAGGUGGUGGAGCGGACCCUUCUCGAGCAGUUUGCGGACAAAAACCUCAGCUACGAUGAAAGGUCAAUUAGCAUUAUGAAGGUAGCACGAGCAAAGCUGAGAGAAAUUGGUCCCGACGAUGUGGAUAUGGAGGAGUACAAGAAAUGGCACGAAGACUACAGCCUCUUUCGCAAGGUGUCAGUUUACCUGCUGACAGGCUUGGAGCUGUACCAGAACAGAAAGUAAGUCGCUUUCCGUGGCGUGGUUGGACAAGGUAAGCCACAGCCUGGAAGUAGAGGGCACUUUGGCAGAGCCGCUUGCCGAGCCAUGAUGGCCACUUUGAGGCCAACGAGCUUUCUCUCUGAGUCACCAAUAGCCCUUUCUUGGACCCACGGCCAGCCUCGGUCAAC